AUGGGGCUCGACAGUGGGGAGGUCGAGCGGCAGCUCGCGCAUAUGAUCCGUUUCAUCAAGCAGGAGGCAGAGGAGAAGGCGAACGAGCUGCAAUUCGAGGCCGAGGAGGAGUUCAACAUCUCUAAGCUGCAGCUCGUCGAGGCCGAGAAGGCUCGCAUUCGCAAGGAGUACGCGCGCAAGCAGCACCAGCUCGAGGCCAAGAAGAAAGUCGAGGCCUCCCAGCAGCUCAACGCAGUGCGGCUGCAGAUGCUGCAGGCCAAGCACGCGCUGGUCCAGUCGACGGCGAGCGAGGCCAGGAACCAGCUCGUCGCGCUCACGCGCCGCCAGGCCGACUACAAGACCCUCCUGACCAGGCUCAUUGCCCAGGCGAUGACGCACAUGGAGGAGAAGUCCGUCAAAGUGCGGUGCCGCGAGGUGGACCAGGGGCUCGUGCAGGCGGUGAUCGAGAACGCCCGCGCGGAGUACAAGAAGGCGGUUGGCAAGGAGGCGCCGGCAGCGACCCUCGACACGGCCAAGUUCUUGCCACCCCCCCCCACAGGAAAAGAGGAGGAGGGCGCGAAGACGUGCCUGGGCGGCGUGGCGGUCACGUCGGAGGAUGGGCGCAUUGUGUGCAGCAACACGCUUGACCACCGUCUCGAGAUCGUGCUGCAACAGAACCUGCCGAACGUGCGGUCGGCGCUGUUCGGGGACGAGUAG